UCCACGUCCAUCGCGUCUCCUCCCCGACUCCUUCUCCUCCCUGCGCCAACCCUCACUCGUCACUCGUCCCGCGACAUUGUGAAUUGUGACGACGUUAUGAGACUCGCGACAAGGGCCGAUCGCGAGAACGUGACGGGCGAGCGAGCGUAGGGAGCGAGCGCGCAGUGAACGAAGCGGAGUCGCGGAUCGGUGAACGUUGCUCUCUCCGGCCGUUCGUCCAACGAUUUCUCCUCUCGUCUCGUUUCGUCGGCCGUGUACGCAAGCGGAGCCGCGGACUCGAGCAGCGUGGUGACGAAGCGCCCGGGGAGCGUGGAUCCGUGAGUAUCCCGUGAAUAUUCCGGUGCCGUCGUCGCAUCCGACGAUAUCCCGAGGUUUUUCGCCGGAGCCCCCCGCGCGCGCGCCCGCGCGCCCACGAGGAUGAUCGACCUAACAGUCAAGACCUUGGACUCGCAGAAUCACGUCUUCUCCCUGGAAGACGACCAAAUCACGGUACGCGGCUUUAAAGAGCAUAUAGCCGAGUCCGUCGCGGUACCAGCUGAUUCGCAGAGGUUGAUUUAUUGCGGACGGGUGCUUCAAGACGAAAAGAAAUUAAAUGAUUAUGAUGUCAAUGGAAAAGUUAUACACCUGGUGCAACGCGCGCCUCCCCAGCCUGGCCAGCAUGGGAACGACGGCGGGCAGACCCAGGGUCAGACACCGGGGCAGAGGCAGGGUUGGCAGAACUCACAGAGGCCGCAUUACCGGGUCACUCGUACCCAAAUGCAUGGAAACGCCAUGUAUCUAGGUGCGAUGUCUGUGCCAGCGGAGAUCGUUGAAGGCCACGGUAAUAUUCUAGGUAUACCGCAACUGAGCAACAGUUUGUCCGGUAGCCGGCUGAACCAUGCCGGUCGACUGCUCGAUCGUAUGAACGAGCUGAUCGAUCGGCUGGACGAUCCUAGCGCUCCUCCUCUGCAUCCGCCCCCGGAGGUCAACCAGGCGACGCAGCAGCAGCAGCAGCAGCAACAACAGCAACAGCAACAGCAAGAGGCAGAAAUUGAACAAAACGAGACCAACGACGUUUCUAGAGACGACGGUGUUAGACUUGCUGAGGCAGCUGCCGCCGCCAUCACAGCCGCUUUGUCAGCUGCUGGGGCACGUGCAGUUACAUUGUUCAGAGGAAGCAGUUACAACGGUGGGAGUACGAGAACUUCAAGCGAUCCAAAUGAGCAUCAAAGUGAUGUGCAACCAUCACAGUCACAGUCUCAAUCCCAGUCGCAGUCACAAUCGCAAUCGCAGUCGCAAUCGCAGUCACAAUCGCAAUCGCAAUCGCAAUCGCAGUCACAACCGCAAUCGCAGCCACAGGCACAAUCGCAACAGCAACAAACGCAAGCGACUGCAGACGCGGGAGCAACAUCGAGCAACGCUAGCCAAAACAGGCGAGCUCAACAGCAGGAGUAUGUGUUAAUUCUCCCGCGACCUCCGCAGAUGGCAGAAUUAUUGCAAAGACUGUGCACCACCCAAGAACGGCUGAGACCUUAUCUGGAACGUUAUUGCAUGCUUACGCUUCUUGAUCCUUCAUUACCGCCCGGGCCCGGGCCGAACACCGUAGAGGAAAGUCAGAGAAUAGUGGAUGGAGUCAGUGAAAUUCUCCACCUUAUGUCGCACAGCUGUCACGCGCUGAGCGACAUUAUCAUUGACAUGAGUCAACCACCGCCUAGAAACUUGCGAUGCCGGCCAAUAAUAGUACAGCACUCGGCCAUUCUACAGCCUAGUAUACCGAUCCAGGUAGAGGCUCAUAUCAGUUUGAACGGUCGCAGCGCUAAUAAUAACAACAGUAACGACGAGACGACCGAGUCUAGUAAUCAGGCGCAGUCGGAAAACGCGGAAUCGGCAACUUCGUCGCGCGUUAAUACUGAGGAGGGUAAUCAAGAGCGAGAAUCGGACAGCGGAGCACAGCCACAGGCGGAACGAUCGCAACAAGACCAAGGCCAAUCGCCUUUCGAUACGGUAUUCAAUUUGCCGAACAAUGUUGAGGUGCUGAUGGAAGUUAGUUCCGAGAGUAAUAUAGAUGCUGGAUCGAGCAAUGAACAGAACGCGUCAGGCAAUGAAACCAACAAUAACGCCCGCAGGACAAACGUAUUUCCAUUCGGCACGCCACCGCCGCCUUAUUUAUUGCGAAACUUUAUGCAAGCCGUUCACGGACACAUGGUGCAUGGCGGUAUCACUACCACGACUAUAAGCACGAGAAAUCCUCCCGUUACUACUGCAGGAGCGCAAUCGGUCUCCUCGUCGAUGGAUAGCGGAAGCACAAAUGCCGGUCAAAGCACUCAAGCACGAAGCAAUACUGGUACUCAUCCUACCACUGCUACACAAACUCGAAGUACAUCACGGCCGCACGUGUUCCAUCAUCACGCUCAUCCGAUGGGUCUCGGCAUGAGUAUUGGACUGGGUCUUGAUUUCGAUCCCUACCUUCCAUGCAAUUCGCACCAUGUCUACCGCUCUCCGAGUACCGCCUCCAAUAGCGCGACCGGCGUGACAACUUCGCAACCAACGCGCACGGCGUCGACAGCUACAGCGGACGCUCAGAAUCAAACAAAUCAAACCGCAACGACUUCGACUACGACGACCAGUGCUACCUCUACGAACGCAACAUCGGCGACGAAUGCUGAAACAGCUACUAAUAAUUCUUUCGUGAAUUUUAUGCAGCAGUUGUUAAAUCAGCCGACGGGUGGUCAAUCGCGACCCAUCAAUACGAACGCUCCAAAUUUGAUGGAAAGCAUUGAAAAUAUAAUGCAAAUAAUUGGUAACAAUAUACGCGUAGGAUUUUUGGGCGAUAGCUCAAUCAGAAAUCCUACAUUGGCCGAUCUGUUUGAGGGUGGAGGAUUAUCUAUGGAUCUCUUCACGUCGCACGGAUCCGGCAGAGAGGAGAACUUCCUCGUCGAUCUCUUCGUAUUGCUGGCACAAUCUAUGUCUCUGGAUGGAUUGCUCAGAGUACGUCGAGGUCAAUGGGGACCGAUCGCUCGUCUUCGAAGACCGUUGCAAGAGUUUCUACAGUAUACAUUCUCGAACGCCUCAUCACCAGAAGCCAUUCAAGAGCAAGCGACUGAGCGUUUACUUUCUCAAUUACGACCUCACAUUCAGAAUCUCCUGGCGUCCGAGGAAGACGCCAACGGCAGAAGUGGGUCCCGCGUUGACGUCUGCGCGACCAUCGAAUCGUUGAUCACUCGCCACGCAAGAGAUAUACUUAGAAGCUUAUUCGAUAGCGGAAUCGACGAUGCGAGGUUCGGUCAGGACAUAUUGAACAUCCUAAUUAACAUGUCCAGCCAAACUGUACAUGUACUUCGGUAUUCGCUACGUGGCGGCCAAGCUGGAUUGGAGGCGAUUGCGACGCGUUUUAUGCGUGACUUGAUGGACGGUGGCAAUCCCGCUCUUCUCCAGUGGGUGCUGAACGGAUUUAUCACCCAUCUUCGUACUUACUUUUUGUGCGUACCACAACCCCCGGAUUCGGAGAUCAUACCACUUUUGGUGUAUAGGGAUGCAUCGUCUCAACCGUCAUCGCAAUCCUCAGCUUCGACUCGCCAAUCCACACAAGCCCAACCGGAAGAUGAGCCGAUGGAAACCGAAACUCUCGAGCAACAGCAACAACAACAGCAGCAGCAACAGCAACAACCGGCACGCGAAAGCUCGAUAUCUGAGGACCGAGAAGAAAUCCCGGAAACAUUCCCUGGCCAUGAAGCUUUACCUUCGGAUUGGGUGCCAAUUAUCGCUCGCGAUGGCGUGCGACAACGUAGACAAUUGCAGAUGCAGGGUGUAACGCCGAACAGCGGCGUGACGACGUUUAGCGACGCGUAUCUAGGUGGUCUACCGAGCAAACGUCGCAAGUUGAUCGAACAGCAGAAACCGCGGUUACUAGUCAGCCCCACGCCAAACCAUCAUUCGACAAUAGCAGCGUCCAUGGAACGGUUAGUCAGAGAAGGGGUCGGUCAUGCCGGCGUCGAAGAGGUCGAAGGUGCCGCCGUGGCCGUCGCGGCGGAUCCCGCUGUGCGACGCGCGUUUGGUCAAGCGAUCAGGGACUGUUUAAAUCCGUGCCGAUACGGCACGCCGGACUUUCCGGACCCGUUACGCUUCCCGAACGCGACCAAAUACUUCGCGGAUCAGGAGCGCCCGCCGAAAUAAUAACCAGCUGCAAGAUAUAAUAUCGUACUCGGACUUGCACUAUCAGAUUAAUGGAGAUAUGUUAGAUAACAUCGGAGAAUAAAAGACGAAGUUAUUGUCUACCGAAAGAAUCGACGCGCAAGGAACGAUUCCGUUAAAAGGAAAGAGAAAAAUGCGAUUUUCUCUUUUCCUCUCAAUGGAGAGAGUGAAAAAGAACGAAUACAUUUUUAACUGGCUGAUUGGCACGGUGCAGAUGUAUCUAUACAUUAUCCAUAUGCUCAUAUAUUAAUAUCUGCUUUGGUAGAGUCACACUUUUUUUACAUAUUACAUAGAAUUACUCUCCGAAUUAAGUUUAUAAUUAAUGUUUAGGUUCUCCCUGUUCAAUCGAAUUUUCGAUUAAGUCGAGUUUGGGAAAAAUUGACAUCAAUUACUUAAAAAAUUGAUAGUUUUUCAGAAAAUUGAUUGAUCAUCAAUUUCGUAAAAAAUUAACGUUAGUUUCGCGGAAAACUGACAUCAUUUCCGUUAAAGAAAUAUAGGAAUACCCUGUAUAUACAUAAAUGUAAAAAUUGUUAACUGCGCACCCCCAUCUAUUUAUGAUUUUUUGCACCUGCUAGUUUUGGAUCGUCUUCGCUUGCGUAAAAUGUGCUUAUAUUCUUUUCUCUUCCAGUUCCUCUUUCCCCAUUAAGUUGGCUGUUCCAAAUUUCAGCAUUUGCCGUGACUCUGAUCGUAGGAAGAGUAAUAGAUCGAAUUUGGUAUACGUUUCCUUUGGUAGUCGCAAAAUGCAUAUAACAGUGCGUCAUUUUGUCGAAAGCGAUAGCGUUGUAAGUUUUGAGUAAAGUUUUAUCCCGGAUGUAUCUCACGCGGAUAAUUUGAUUCCUUCGAGAUUCGAUCGCUCUCGAGGGCGUUUUCGGUGCGGUCUCUUUUUACGACGCACAUUCUCUACACGCGAGUCACACAUACGAGAAUAACAGGCAAAUUAAUCCGUGAUUAUGAUAAUGUAUUGUAUGUUUAAUCGUUCUAAUAACCAAACAGUUGUACUGAAAAAAAGAAGAAAAACAAUAAAGUUGUGUAUCCCUUUU